AUGCGGGAUAGGGUUUGGAAGCCGUUUAGGUUUGUGUGGAAGAUGCUUCUAGACCUGCAGGGGUGGUGGGGGAAGGGGGGGGUUGCAGAUAAGAGAGGGGGAGGGACGGCUUGGCAGGCAUGGGGCAGGCGUGGGGGCAGGCAUGGGGGCAGGCAUGGGGCAGGCGUGGGGGCAGGCAUACUGGCAGGCAUGGGGGCAGGCAUGAGGGCAGGCAUACUGGCAGGCAUGGGGGCAGGCAUGCUGGACGUGCUACAGCCGCUCCUGUGGGUGGCGGUGUCACCGGCUGUAGCAGAGGAGUUACUGUUCAGAGGGCUGCUGUUCACGACCCUACAAGAGAGGCUCGGCAGGAUCGACGCUGCCAUGCUGUCUGCAGCCCUCUUCGCCCUCUUCCACCUCUCCCUCGCCCUCCUCUUCCCCAACAUGGCCCUUGGGAUUGCCGCCAGCCUGCUCGCUGUCUACUCCAAAAGCGUCUUGCCAGCUGUCGCUCUGCAUACCACUUACAACGCUUCUGCUCUAAUCUACGCACUCAUGGCUGCGACGAUUGCUUCUGUCUAG